AUGGCCAACGUCCUACGCGAGCCCGGAUACAGUGGCGGGAUCAUUGCAGGCGACUUCAACGCCAUCACCCCCGGGGAUGAUGGGCUCGUCGACAAGAACGAACUGGUAGAUGCGUGGGUCGCACUGAAUGGGAGGGAAGACCUUGAUGGAGCUACGUGGGGUGUCGGCUUGGAACGGCGGGACGGACUGGGGCCGGGCAGGUUGGACAAGGUUGCAAUGAUGGGCUUAAAGGCUCAGGAGAUAAAAGUCCUCCGCCCUGGUACUAUUGAGGUACCCAGGCCGGGCGAGAAACCUGUCGAGAUCCCUUGGAGUGACCAUUGCGGGCUGAGAUUCACCUUUAUCAUCUGA